AUGGUAGUAGCUGGCAUAGGAUGUUCUGGUUCUAUACCUAAUGUGCUUGAUCAUCUAUAUGGAGUUUUCGUCGACAAUAAACUUAACUUGUACGUAGCUGAUACUGGUAAUAACAGAACUCAACUUUUUACGCCAGGUAGAAAGAAUAUGAAAACAAUAGCCAAUUUCGCAGCAAAGAUCCGUUUCAUACUCAAUACAUCAACAGAUAUUGCACUUGAUGCGGACGGUUAUCUAUAUAUUGUCGAAAGUCAAAGUCAUCAAAUCAUUCGACAAUUCCCAAUGGAAUCGAAUGUUCGGUUGGAUGUUCUGUUUUGUUUCAUUCCAGUACCACUACGUGCAAGUAUGCUUGAUAUUCAUCCAAAUGCAACAUGGGCAAAGAAUGGUAUCACUGUUGCUGGAGAAAACGGGCAAGGCAGUGGAACCAAUCAAGUCAAUAAUCUAUGGGGUUUGUAUGUCGAAGAUGAUCAAACAAUAUAUGUCACUGAUCGGAACAACUGUCGUAUUGUCGAAUGGAAACCUGGUGCAACGAAUGGUACAGAGGCCGCUGGUGGAAAUGAACCUGGAAAUGGAGCUCAUCAAUUGAAUGAGCCAUAUGAUGUGUUUAUUAUUAAUAGAGAGAGCAAUAAUCUCAUCAUCUCUGAUUUCGAAAAUAGAAGAGUAGUUCGAUGGCCUUGUCACAAUGAGACAAUGAAACGAUAUAAAAUUGACGACAUACAAGGAACAGUAGUUGCAGAUGAAAAUGGAAUAGGAAAUCGUCUUGAUCAACUCAAUUAUCCCAGCUUCGUAUUUAUCGAUCGAGAUCAUUCAGCUUAUGUAUCUGAUAAUGGAAAUCAUCGUGUAAUGAAAUAUGCACGAGGUGCAAAACAAGACUUUGUCGUAGCUGGUGGUCAGAGAAAAAGAAAUAGUUUUAGUCAAUUAAGUGAACGUGUAAGAGUCGUUGUCGAUCAAUUGGGUACUGUUUAUGUGACUGAGCGUUUGAAUCAUCGAAUUAUACGUUGGCCAAAAGGCGCAACACAAGGAAGUGUCAUUAUUGAUGGAAAUGAUCAAGGAGCACAGUCGAAUCAACUCGAUAAUCCCGUAAGUUUAUCAUUCGAUCGACAUGAUAAUCUCUAUGUCGUUGAUAACUGUAAUCAUCGAGUACAAAAAUUUAUUAUUAAAUAA